AUGAAUAAGUUAAUGUACGAGGAUAUCAGCGAUGACGAGGACAUGCUUUGCUUCGAUGAAAAGAAUUGUAUUGACGAUGCCAUUGGUGAAAAUCACAUGGACUCAGAAGUAAUAUAUAUUGAAAACGAUAAUGAUGAGAUAGAUAUAAGAAACAUCAAUGAUGAUGCAUUAUUCUCCGACAGGAAAAUGAAUUCUUUCAACGAAAGUAAUAUCUCAAAAUGCUUCACCGCCAAGUGUGAAAAUAAUGGCAAUGAUGAGGUAGAUAUAAUAAACGUCGAUGAUGAUGCAUUAUCCUCCGACAGGAAAAGGAAAUUUAACGAAGACUCCGAAGAUGAUGACUCCGAAGAUGAUUACUCAGAAGAUGAUGAUAAUGAAAGCGAUGCUCCAAUAUUUUAUUAUGAAGAACAAGGAGCGUGCGACCUAUAUUAUGAAAAGAG